GCUGUGCUUGCAGUUGGAUGAUUUGCACUAUUACACAGAUUUUCCAUUAUACACAAUGAUGGGUACUACGAAUGGACAGGUUUCUCAGGUGCUUGGGCCAAUCAUGCUAACCCUCCUUCUGACGACUGUUCUAGUUGUUCAGAGCGGGAAGGUUCUUGUCUCUCCUGUGGGUGGCAGUCACUGGGUCAACAUGAACAUCUUGGUUGAAGCACUUCAUGCCAGAGGUCACAAUGUUACAGUCAUUCGGAUAGAAGGCAGCUGGAACAUCAAAGAAUUCUCACCUCACUACACAUCAAUCAAUCUCAAGUGUGAAGGAGUAUUUAGUGAAGAACUCCUCGAGACAUUUGCAUCCAGACUACUGGGAAUUAUGAGGGAGGAUUCGAUUUGGGCUCGGAUGAAGCUGGAGAUGAUUAUGUGGAAAAGUUUUUUAUGGAUGGUUGAAGAAGAAAACAAGAUAAUAAUCAACAUGUUUGAAGACCAGCAGCUAAUGCAGUCCUUAAAAGAUGCCAAAUAUGAUAUGAUUCUAACAGAUCCAGCCAUGUUUAGAGGUGUUAUGUUGGGUCAUUAUCUUAAACUGCCCAUUGUCUACAAUGUCCGUUGGACAGAUUACAGUGAGGCUCAUUUUGCAAUAGCUCCUUCACCACUUUCUUAUGUUCCUGCUUCAAUGCUGGAGUUAUCAGACCGCAUGAGUUUCUUGGAAAGAGUGAAGAAUGUUGCGAUGUACAUCAUUCCAGAAAUACAGCUAGCUAUUCUGAUUACGCCAACUUAUAAUGCACUUUGUGAGCGUUUCAUUGGCCCAGGAACAUCCUACUUUUCUUUACUUCAGGGUGCCGAUCUGUGGCUCCAUAGAGCUGAUUUUAUUUUUGAAUUCCCGCGUCCCACUAUGCCAAACAUUAUCUACAUUGGUGGAUUUCAGUGCAAGCCACCAAAGCCUCUUCCACAGGACCUGGAGGACUUUGUGGAGAGCUCUGGUGAGCAUGGUGUCAUCAUCAUGUCUCUGGGCACUUUCUUCGGUCAGCUUCCUGAUGAUUUAGCUGAGGCAAUUGCUGAAGCUUUUGCAGAACUUCCACAGAAGAUCAUCUGGAGGUACAUAGGAAAGAGACCAUCUGCACUAGGGAACAAUACCUUAUUGAUGGACUGGAUGCCUCAGAAUGAUCUUCUGGGUCAUCCUAAGACCAGAGCCUUUGUGACACAUGGAGGAACCAAUGGAGUUCAAGAAGCCAUCUACCACGGCGUGCCAAUCAUUGGACUUGGGCUGAUAUUUGACCAGCCUAGUAAUCUUGUAAAAAUGAGAGUAAAGGGUGUAGCCAAGAAUGUAGACUUUGCCACAGUGGAUAAAGACUCCUUUCUUAAAACUGUUAAAGAGGUUCUUUAUGAGCCCUCUUAUCGGGAGAACAUGCAGAAGCUCUCAAGGCUUCACAAGGACGUCCCAGUGAAGCCCCUGGACUACGCCAUCUUCUGGAUUGAGUUUGUUAUGAGGCACAAAGGUGCCGCUCACUUGCACACAGAGUCUCAUAAAAUGCCCUGGUACUCUUACCACUCUGUUGAUGUCAUACUGUUCCUGCUUUCUGCCGUGGCACUCAUAAUCCUGAUCAUAUAUAUGGUUAUCAAGUAUUUCUGCUGCAGAAUAUUCAUGAGAAAACAGUUAUGA